UACAUACACAUAUAUAUCUAAUUUCUUACAAAGAUGGUUCCAUUGUAUACAUCGAUAUCCAUAUACAAUUAUACUGACAAUAGUCCCUUGCAUAUACACACAUGGUAUUAUACAUGUCAAAAUAAAGAAUGGUACCAUGUCACUAUUCAACUAGGUAAUAGUAAUAAUAAUCAUUACACAUAUAUAGAAGAAAACUGACAAUGAUUAGUAAAUUUAUAUAAACCACGUGUUGCCAUGACAAUACACAUUUAAUUUACAAAUAGAUCAUCUUACUUUUUUAUAUUAUGAUGUUUUCAUAACUGAAAUACAAGACUACCCUCCACCUCAUUGUCCUGCUCCUCCUCGUUGUUCUCAUCCUCUUCUUCCUCCUCCUCCUCCUCCUCCUCGUCAUCUCAUUUUGACUGGAUAAUAUUUACUUUCAAUCUUGAACUAUUUCUGAAAAAAAGAAGGUAUUGGUCUACUCACGCACACACACACACACACAGAUUUACACACAUACGCACAUACACAUGCACACAAUAGCCCAUUUCAAUAAGAUUUUUUCACUUAUUAUUAAUAUUGAAUAUUGAAUACAACAAUUGGUUUUUUCAUUUCUUCAUUGCUUCAUUCCUUCAUUCAAUUACAUAAUGAAUUGUAAAAAUUUUCAUAGAACUCAAUCUACUACUCAUAAUCAUCAUCAUAAUCAUGAUCAUUUAAGUAAACGUCAAGUAUAUGCUCAUAAUUAUAUCAAUUUAAAUGGGGAUAAAUUUCCCCAUCAUCAUCAUCAUUAUUAUUGUCAUAAUCAAAUUUGUUCUACCCAUUAUAAAUGGUAUAAUUUUAUAAUUAAAAAUUUAUAUGAACAAUUUCAUAAUAUUGCUAAUUUAUAUUUUUUAUUAAUUAUAGUUACAUAUUACUUUGUUGAUCAUGUUGGUAGUGUCACAGUGACAAUUAUGCCUUUAAUAAUAUUAAUUAGUAUUACAAUGAUUAAAGAUGGUAUUGAUGAUUUAUUACGUUAUCGUUUAGAUAAACAAUUAAAUUCAAUAAAAUAUUUAUUAUUAAAUAUUGAUUUUAAUCGAAAAUCAAUAAAAUGGAUUUAUAAAAAAGCUUCAUUAAUAAAUGUUGGUGAUAUUAUAUGUUGUUUUAAUAAUCAAUCAUUUCCAUGUGAUUUAUUAUUAUUAUAUUCAUCAUAUUCUAAUGGUUAUGUUUAUAUUAAUACAAUAAAUUUAGAUGGGGAAAAUAAUAUUAAAAAAUAUAAUACAUUAAAACAAUAUCAACAGAAUUAUGCCAAAUAUAUUAUGACUACUACUACUAAUACUACUGAUAAGAAUAAUAAUAGUAGUAUUGAUAAUAAUGAUAAUUUUAAUGAAAAACAAUAUGAUGAAUUGAAUUUUCAAUCUAUGAUUAAACAUUUAUAUUUACAAGUUAUAUGUGAACAACCAAAUGAAAAUUUAACAAGUUUUCAAGGUUAUUAUAAAACUGCUCAACAUUUAAAUACUACUCCUGAUGAGGAUAACAAUGAUGGUCAUAAUAAUGACGAAAUAUGUUUUCCAUUAAAUUAUAAAAAUUUAGUAUUACGUGGAUCAAAAUUAAUCUCUACAAAUUAUAUUAUUGGUUUAGUUAUUUAUACUGGUAAAGAUACUAAAUUAUCAUUAAAUAGUAAUAAAAAUUUAAAAAGAAAAUAUAGUACUCGUGAAAAUUUAUCUAAUAUUAUAUUAUUAAUUUUUAUGGUUGCCAUGGUAACUAUCACAUUAUUGUUUACUAUCUUAUCUAUAAUAUGGAUUAAAAAUAAUAAUAAAAAAAUAUGGUAUAUUGAUUUUGAAUUAUUAACAAUAUGGCAAUUUAUACGUACAAUUAUACGUUUUUUAUUUAUAAUUAAUUAUUUAAUUCCAAUAUCUAUUAUAGUUACUAUUGAAUUUCAACAAUUGUUGCUAAGUUAUUUUAUUACUAAUGAUAUUCAUAUGUAUAACCCUAUAGAGAAUAUUAGUAGUCAUGCAAAUAAUUCACAAUUAGCUGAUGAAUUAGGACAAAUUAAAUUUUUAUUUUGUGAUAAAACUGGUACAUUAACACAAAAUUUUAUGGUUUUAUAUUCAUGUUGUUUAUUAAAUAAGGAAGAAGUUUAUUUAUGUGAUACUCAUACUACUUAUAAGGAUGCUACUGAUAAUCCUACUACUUAUAAUGCUACUACUGAUAAUCAUACUACUUAUAAUGAUCAUAGUAGUAAUGAUAAUAAUAGAAUAAAUUUAUUAUCUAAAGAGAAUUCUUAUAUCAAAUAUUUAAAAUUACCGGAUAUGAAUAAAGAUUUUCGUGAUUUUUUAACAGUGAUUACAUUAUGUCAUACAGUUGAAUUAAAAAAUUAUAAUAAAUUAAAUGAUACUACUGAAAUGGAUCUUCAUAAUGGUAAUAGUAAUAUAGAACAAUCAUCUAUGAAUAAUUAUGAACCAUGCAGAUAUUAUGAAUAUGAAGCAACAUCAUCUGAUGAGAAAGCAUUAGUUGAAGGUGCUUCAAAACUUGGUGUUGUAUUUUCCGGUAAAGAACCUGAUUUAAAUGAGACUGAUUCAAAUCGUUUAUAUAUUGAUUAUUGGUCAUAUUCAUCAUCAUCAUCAUCAUCAUCAUCAUCAUCAUCAUCAUCAUCAUCAUCAUCAUCAUCAUCAUCAUCAUCAUCAUCAUCAUCAUCAUCAUCAUCAUCACCAUCAACAACAACAACAAAAGAUGAAAAGUUUAUAAAUCGUCAAUGUUAUAUUGUGGAUGCUGUAUUAGAAUUUGAUCCAAUUCGUAAACGUAUGAGUGUUAUGGUACGUUAUCCUGAUGGAACAUAUUAUGUAUUAAGUAAGGGAGCAGAAAGUGCAAUGUUAGAUCCUGAGAAAUGUAGUAUUGCAUCUAAGUAUCAACGUUCACGUGCUAUACAUUAUGUUAAUGAAUAUUCAUUAAAUGGUUUACGUACACUUGUAUUUGCUAAACGUCAAUUAACUCAAUCUAUUUAUAUGAAAUUAUUAAAAAAUUUAAAAUUAGCUUCUAAUUUAUUGAAUAAUGAACGUAUUCAUGCAUUAAAACAAUGUUAUAAUGAUAUUGAAUAUGAUAUGGAACCCAUUUAUGUUACUGCUAUUGAAGAUAAAUUACAACCUGGUGUAAAAAAUUGUAUAAAAGCAUUAAAAGAAGCUGGAAUACAAAUUUGGAUAUUAACUGGUGAUAAAGCUGAAACAGCUAUUACAAUAUGUCAAUCUAUUGAACAUUUUACAUCGAAUAUGUCAUUAAUUAAAAUUAUGAAUUGUAUUACAUUACAAUCAACAGCAUAUAAAAUUUAUGAACAAUUAGAUGCAUUAAAACUAUAUAAAGAUUAUCAUAAACAGAAGGAUAAUCAUCAUUAUCAUAGUAGUUCAUUAUAUACAAUACCAAGAAUCAAGACAAUAAACUAUGGUAGAUCAUCUUCCAUGUCAAGAUCAUCUUCCAUGUCAAGAUCAUCUUCCAUGUUGAAAUCAUCUUCCAUGUUGAAGUCCUUCUCAUCAUAUAUGAAUGGAAUGUAUAAUAAUAAUAGUAAUGAUAAUACUUAUUAUUACUAUGGUAAUAGUAAAAGUAACUUCCUGUUAGGUAGGAAACAUUGUAUAUUGAAUCGUUAUAUUAGACAUAAACAUAAAAAACAUCCUGGUAUAGCAAAUGAAUCAAUUGGUCUUGUUAUUGAUGGAAAAAGUCUACAAUAUGCAUUACAUACCUCAUUACGCGACUCAUUUCUAGAAUUAUGCAUGAGUGUCACAACCGUGUUAUGUUGUCGUAUGACACCAUUACAAAAAGCAUCUAUUGUUAAAUUAGUUCAAAUUGGUUUAGCAAAACAUUCACAUCUACGUAUGAAACCAGUUGUAGCUGCAGUUGGUGAUGGUGGUAAUGAUGUAGCUAUGAUUUUACAAGCUAAUAUCGGUGUUGGAGUUUAUGGAAAAGAAGGUCGUGAAGCAGUUAGAGCUGCAGAUUAUUCAGUGACAGAAUUCAGACAUAUAAAACGAUUGUUUUUAUUACAUGGACAUUGGUCAUAUUAUCGUAUUACAAUAACAAUGUUAUUCUUUUAUCAUAAAGCAGUUGCAUUUGUCUGUAAUCAAUUAUGUGUUAUUUAUAAUAAUGGUUAUUCAGAAAUUCCAUCAUUUGGUACUAUACUAUUUAUAUGUUAUAAUUUAACUAUGACAUUUCUGGUUAGUUUAGGUUAUGGAAUGUUUGAACGUCAUAUAGAAGAGAAGAUUCUAUUGAAUAAACCAUAUUUAUAUAAAGCGAUAUCCUAUCAAGCCAAUUUAAAAGCAUGGUAUAUAUUCUUAUGGGUUAUAGAUGGUAUAUGGCAUGGUCUUAUUACUUAUUUUAUACCAUAUUAUUGUUUAGCUGGUGGUAAUCUAUAUGCUGAAGCAAUUUUCUAUCAAACUAAUCAUCAUAAUACAAAUGGUAAUUAUGAUUUCACUAUGAUUGGUAAUGCAUCAUUUGUAUAUUUAUGGAUAUCUGUAACUAUACGUUCAACAAUAUGGACAAAAGAUUUUAAUUUAAUGUUAAUUCUGUGUCAUAUUGGUACAACAUUAAAUCUUGUCAUUUUAUUUGUAUUUCAAACAUUUGUUCCCCCUACAAGUAAUGAAUAUCAAAGAUAUGCACAAUUAUGUCGAAGUCCUGCAUUUUGGUUCACAUUCCCAUUAACUGUUUUUAUAGCCAAUGCUCCAGGAUUAUUAUGGCGUUUAGCUUCAGAUACAUGGUGGACUAUAUUUAUUGAAAUGAAAAAUGUACCUAAAAGUAAUAAACGUAAAUUCUAUAUGAAGAAUCCAUUGAUUUGGUUAAGAGCAUUAGUUUUUGGUCGAACAGGAAGAAACGAGUCAAUUAUCCAGGGAAAAUAA